GCUUGGGGACUUUGUUUCAGUCCUCAUAUCAGUAAUUAAAAUGUUACCUUUUUGCUCAUGGCUCUGGAGUUGGUUAAGCAACAUAAACACCUGCAGAAGCACUGAGGCCACAGAGAUUUCUUCUAUUUGUCUGAGUCUCCAAAAGAGAAGCUGAGGAGUCAGGCCACAGUCCGGAGCAAAAGGGUGUGAGAUCACCAAGGAUGAGCUCAAGUCAGAGGAGCUGUAAAUGUGCACUUGACUAUGGAUCUGCCUGUGGAUAGCAGACAGAAGAGCAGCAUGAGGCCUGAGAACCAGAGCAGCGUGUCUGAGUUCCUCCUCCUGGGGCUGCCCAUCGUGCCAGAGCACCAGGGCGUGUUCUUUGCCCUGUUCCUGGGCAUGUACCUGACCACAGUGCUGGGCAACCUGCUCAUCAUCCUGCUCAUCAGGCUGGACCCCCGCCUGCACAUGCCCAUGUACUUCUUCCUCAGCCACCUGGCACUCACUGAUGUCUCUUUCUCAUCUGUCACUGUCCCUAAGAUGCUCAUGAACAUGCAGACUCAUCACUUCUUCAUUUCCUACCCAGGGUGUAUUUCUCAGUUGUAUUUUUAUAUAUGUUUUGCUUGUGCUGAUAAUCUUCUUCUGGCAGUGAUGGCAUAUGACAGGUAUGUGGCCAUCUGUCACCCUCUACACUAUACCACCAUCAUGAGGGAAGAGUUGUGUGUGCUGCUGGUGGCUGCCUCAUGGAUUACUUCAUGUGCCCAUGCACUGUUGCACACUGUCCUCUUGGUUCGACUGUCCUUCUGUGCCAACAAUGUCAUCACACACUUCCUUUGUGACCUCAGUGUGCUACUGAAGCUCAGCUGCUCAGACAUCUCCCUCAAUGAACUGGUAAUCCUCACUGAGGGAGGAAUGAUUUUACUUUUGCCUUUGGGUAUUACUUUGGGCUCAUAUAUCCAUAUAGGGACCAUCAUCCUGAAGGCUCCCUCGACCAGGAGACUCUUGAAAGCCUUCUCUACCUGUGGCUCCCAUCUCCUUGUGGUGUCUUUAUUCUACGGGACAAUUGUAGGUGUUUACUUUUUGUCCUCAUCAUGGGAUUCCAAAAACAUAAUUGCUUCAGUCAUGUAUACGGUAGUUACCCCCAUGCUGAACCCCUUCAUCUACAGCCUGAGGAACAGAGAUAUAAAGCAGGCCUUAGAAUGUUUAACAGGGUUGAAGAAGUUCAUAUGUCUAUGAGGUCACAUUUCCUACUUGGAUUGUUUAUAAUUCCUUAUUCCUAAACAAUAUUUUUCACUUAUUCAUCAUCUCUUAUAAGGUAUGCGCAAAAUCUUUUG